CGGAGCUGUGUGUGUUUGUAUGAUUAGCUUAGCUUAGCUUAGCUACAGAGCGCUGAGGAGGUUCUGAUUUACUAACGCGGUGCUUGUUUAAUGUCGAGCAUUGAUGUAAAGGAGCCACACUGAGCGCUGCGGUGCACUAAGCUCUUUUGGGAGAGAAUAUUCAUACGGUUCAUCUCACAGUAUAUAAAACUGGACAGCAUGGACGAGCAGAGUGUGGAGAGCAUAGCGGAAGUGUUUCGCUGCUUCAUCUGUAUGGAGAAGCUGCGAGAUGCUCGGCUCUGCCCACACUGCUCCAAACUCUGCUGCUUCAGCUGCAUACGGCGCUGGCUGACGGAGCAGAGAGCUCAGUGUCCACACUGCCGGGCUCCUCUGCAGUUGAGGGAGCUGGUGAACUGUCGCUGGGCAGAAGAAGUGACCCAGCAGCUGGACACCCUGCAGCUCUGUAACCUCUCCAAACACGAGGAGAACGACAAGGACAAGUGUGAGAACCACCACGAGAAGCUGAGUGUGUUCUGCUGGACGUGUAAGAAGUGCAUCUGCCACCAGUGCGCUCUCUGGGGAGGAAUGCAUGGUGGACACACGUUCAAACCCCUGGCUGAGAUCUACGACCAGCACGUCAACAAGGUGAACGAAGAAGUUGCUAAACUGCGGCGUCGCCUCAUGGAGCUCAUCAGCCUUGUACAGGAAGUGGAGAAGAACGUGGACGCGGUACGAGGGGCGAAGGAUGAGCGAGUGAGGGAGAUCAGGAACGCCGUGGAGAUGAUGAUCGCACGACUGGACAAUCAUCUCAAGAACAAACUCAUCACUCUAAUGGGACAGAAGACGUCUCUCACUCAGGAGACCGAGCUGCUGGAGUCCCUGCUGCAGGAGGUCGAGCACCAGCUGCGUUCGUGCAGUAAGAGCGAGCUGAUCCUGAAGAGCCCAGAGAUCCUGCUCAUGUUCCAGCAGGUCCACAGGAAGCCCAUGCAGUCCUUCGUGACCACACCUGUACCACCUGACUUCACCAGUGAGCUGGUUCCUGCUUAUGACUCCAGCACGUUUGUUCUGGCAAACUUUAGUACUUUACGACAGAGAGCAGAUCCGGUGUACAGCCCCCCUCUGCAGGUCUCGGGGCUCUGCUGGAGGUUAAAGGUUUAUCCUGAUGGGAACGGUGUGGUUCGAGGGAACUACUUGUCUGUUUUCCUGGAGCUGUCAGCGGGGCUUCCGGAGACAUCCAAGUACGAGUAUCGGGUGGAGAUGGUUCACCAGGCCUCCAACGACCCGUCCAAAAACAUCAUCCGAGAGUUUGCGUCCGAUUUCGAGGUGGGCGAGUGCUGGGGGUACAACCGUUUCUUCAGGCUGGAUCUCCUGGCCAGUGAGGGAUACCUCAACAUGCAGACCGACACGCUCAUACUGAGGUACCAGGUCCGCUCGCCCACCUUCUUCCAGAAAUGCCGGGACCAGUACUGGUACAUCAGCCAGCUGGAGGCGGCGCAGUCCAGCUACGUCCAGCAGAUCAACAACCUGAAAGAGCGCUUGGCCAUCGAGCUUUUCCGCCGACAGAAAUCGCGUAGUUCUUCGCCAGAGCGACGCCUGUGCCAACCCACCGCCGGUUCAGCGGGUAGAGAUUUCCGCCCGGGCAAGACCUCGGCGGUGGAAGACGGGCACCCGGCUAACGUAGCCGAGAACAAAGAGGAGGACGAGGAGGAGGAAGAGGAUAAAACCCAGCACGAUGAUUCUAACGAUCUGUCCGAUGGAGAUCUGGAGGUAGAGUGUCUGACCGGGGACGAGGACGUGAACCCUCUCGAUGGCAGCAGCACAUCCGGCAGCUCCACAGCCACCAGCAACACCGAGGAGAACGAUAUCGACGAGGAGAACAUGUCUGGGGAGAAUGACGUGGAGUACAGUGGGAAUCUGGAUCUGGAGGAAGGAGAACUGCCUGAUGAUAUUAUCGGAGCUACAGGAGGGUCAAACUCGAGUGUUCGCGGGUCGAGGAGGGGCGCAGCAGGAGCCACCGCCAGUCUACUGGAAAUCGACCCCAUGAUUCUGAUCCAGCUACUGGACCUAAAGGAGCACAGCCACGUCGAGUCUCUGUGGGGGAUGCAACCUCGACCGCCCGGCUCACUCGUUCACAGCCAAGCAGCCAUGGUGUCCGCACGUAAAGAGCGAGAGCGCCGCUCUCAGGCCGUACGCCGUUCUGCUCCCGACUCGGCGGUCCUGACUCGACUCCGGGCUCAGAUGGCCGAGGUGCGCAGUAAGAUGGCCGACGUGAAGGGGCAGCUAGAGGCUCGGGCCGGCGUCGGCGAUCCACGGGCGGCGACUCUGAGCUCGGUGCUGGAUCACGGCGCCUCGUCCGACCCGGAUAUGACGGCCAGGCGGAAACCUCGAGAACUGGACCUGCUCUUCAAAACGCACGGUGCCAACCGUCACACGCGCCACGGUGGGAAGAAGACGACUUCCACUAAACAGGAAGCGGUGGGAGGUGCGUCUCUGCGCAGGAACGUCGAUGCUGGUGAGAAGGAGCUGAGAGGAGCAGCAGGAGACGCACCACCAGAAGCUCUGUGCUCCAGAGAGGGACCUCUAUCUGCCGAGGGUUCAGUGAAAGCUCUCGGCACUCUCGGUUCUCCUCCGUCUUUACCGAGCUGCUCCUCUGAGAAACGCCCCCCCCAACCAGACGAGGCUCUGUACGGAGCAGCUGGGAGCGACGCGUUUAACCUGCCCGGUCUGAAUACGGCGCCCCCUACAGUCAGCAGGCAGCACAGGAGCCCCUCCAGCACUGCUGGACUGCUGACUGAUAAUUCUUUAGACUUUGACCACGACGGGUCGAAUGAGCUUCACCAAUCCCUGCUUAACCUGACAGAGCCUUCAUCAUCCUCCUCCUCCUCACGACCUGAGGAAGGGUUGCUGAGUCAGAAAGCUUCUCCUCACCUGUUGGCAGGUAUGAGCAGUGACAGUGAGGUGGAGUGUGAUACUGAGAACGAGAAUGAAGAUGAGGCUGUAACUCUGGAGGAUGGAGAGGUUCUCCCUCAGCCCUGCUCAGGUGAUCAGUUGAUGGUGGAUGAUCUGAGCUUUGUGAUGAGGGACGUCACUGAGAGGUGAUCACAGCACAUCAGAACCUCGCCAGAAGUAUUUAACCCCCAGCCCCAAAUUCAGUAUAUCUACAGAACAAAGUGGAUAAGCAUUCCAUUAACAUUCCGUUAGGUGUGAGUGUGUGUGUGUGUGAGUGUGUGUGUGUGAGUGUGUGUGUGUGAGUGUGUGUGUGUGUGUGUGAGUGUGUGUGUGUGUGUGUGUGAGUGUGUGUGUGUAUGUGUGUGUGUGUAUGUGUGUGUGUGUGGAGCGUUAAUGCUUAUGUGUCAGUUAUUCCAUUUCAUUUGGGGUUUCCACUGUUAGUUCUUGCACUUUUUGAUUAUUUAACACUGUUUAGAUUACAUGUGGAACCUCAUACAUGCAAAAGUUCUUUUGGGACAAUCAGUAAAAUCUGCUGCUCAUUUUCGUCCGUAUCCGUUCCUAUUUAUCUUUAUUUUCUUAAUUUUGUAUGUUGUAUACCAUCAGAACUCUAAAUCUGCGAACACUAGCUCAUGUAAUCCUCGCUGGGACAUUUUGAGGCUCUUUGGGCGUCCAAAUAUUUCUCGUACGCUACAGUGCAGAGUCGUAUGGACUUGUUUUGGUAAAAGUCUGCGACAUUUCUUAACUGAUCAAAUCAGAGAACCAACACACGUACCGAUCCUUCCUAUCAGUGUUCAGGUUCAGUGAAAAUAUUCCAGUGUCCACAGUAGAAGAACGUUAUUGUGAGGAAACGUCAGUCUAUAUUCUAUAUUAUAACACGAGUUACAUUUCACACCCUCACUCUCCGUUCUUUGUGUUUUUAUAUUUUCUUUGUUUUUGUUUGUUUGUACUGUGAAUAUUUUUUAUUUGUCCAUGUCAUAAUAAACAUGUUUUAAGUUGAA